CUUAUCACGAACAUGAGAACUGCACACUUUGAACGAGUGGAAAAGAAAACAAGAAAAGACUUUGAACAGCCUUGGCGGCGAUAUCUACGAUACUCAUCCAGACUUGAGAGGUCGAGGUCGUUCUUGUUUUGUUUGAAUUAUUUCAGUCUUAUUUCGAUCUCUAGAUCCCCCGCCUUUACUGCUCAGCUUCGGUUUGGUGAGUCCUGGGAUUUUAUCGCUCUGCUGACAGGCUGUGGACCAAGUGUGCUCAAGCGAAAAGAUGGCUUCCAUCGAGAGAGCCUUGGAUGGCAGGGUUAGGGAGCCUGAUUCUGAUGAAGAACCAGUGGAUAAUCUGGUCCAGGCACCUAGUGAGGUGUCUCGUCCACAACCGAAGGGAGACGGCAAAUUUAUGACGGGUCCGAAGGGUGUACUGCAGGACAGGGAGAGGCAUUUGCGGGAGCUGGCUGAAGAGCGUCAAGAGCGUUUGGAACGAUUGGAGGACGCUGCAAGACAGCAGGUUGUGCCUCGGCCUAUCGACCCCGAGGCGGACGAUGAUGAAUUCAUGGCCAAAUAUCGAGAGAAGAGAUUACGGGACAUGCAACGAAUGGCGAGCAGACCAAAGUUUGAGAAAGUCUACGGAAAUCUCAUCCACCUAACCAGCCGCGCUUACACCGAAGCGAUUGACAGCGAGCCCGACUCAGUGUUUGUUGUUGUCCACAUCUAUGACAGCUUCAUGGCACUGUCUAACAAAAUUAACAAAUGCUUGAAGAUCGUGGCUCAGCAGUAUCCAAUGGUUAAGUUCUGCAAAAUCUUGGCCUUGGCUGCAGGCGUGAGCGAAGCUUUCGCUAGCAAAGGUUUACCUGCACUGCUUGUCUAUCGCAAGGGUGACCUUGUUGGCAAUUUCAUUGCAGUCGGCAAUGAGUUGGGUCAUGAUGAAAGUGGCAUCACACCCGAUGUACUGGUUGCGUUCCUCAAGGAACGAUCCUGCAUCCCGGACGUGGCACCAGAGGAAAUAGAUGAGCUGGCGUAAAAACUGCUCCGUCCAAUAGUCUCUGGAGUUGAUGUUUUUAGAUGUGGACAUACGCAACUGAUAGAAUAUUGAUGCGCCUUUUACCAUUGAUCACGACAGCACGUUAUCUCUGCAACGUGCAGUUACUCGAUUGAGGACUUCACCACUGUACUAAGUAGGAGUGUUGAGUUUACGCGAUGGAGGCUGUUACAUCUCUUCCAGUCUGUAGAGGAGGAGUUUGCUACUCUCUCUCUCUCUGUCUCUCUCUCUCUCAUGGAAGUUGCUGAUGGGACAUGACUGUGUGUGUCCCCUCCCUGGUGUCCCCAAUAUGGUGACUUGAGAGCACGUUUCUUUCUCCUGCUGCUUCCAUGCACGCUCAGGCAUGUGCCAUUGUUCUAUCCAGUCUUUCCUGCGUGGCACUUCACACGCCACUGCGGGCUGUGUUAUGUUUCAUGUGAAGGUGUCACGAGGUGUCGGGCAAAGAAGCGCAGCUCAUGGUAUCUUACUCACUGGUGCCUUCUCUCUAGUUUGCCGCGUGUCUCGUGCUGUUCAUGUAGCAACGUUAUCUGUCUUUUCUGCCUGUUUUCGCAGACGGGCCCCUGAGCUUCCUACAACUUCUACAUGUCCCUAUCCAGUGCAAGAGACACUGGUUGUGUGUUGUUGAAGUAUGACAUUGACUUUACACGUAACUGGGUACUCACUCGAUUCUGUUCUGUUUGAUAAACAAGUAGCAUGCCUGGGUUUAAAAAAAAUAAUAAUAUAAAUCGUGCAGAUAUUUGAUUUUUUACACAUCCAGAAAUACAUCUUGUCAUGGAAAACAAGUUGUAGGUAGACGUUUUUAGCAAUCUUUUAUCGUUGACUCAUUAUUCACAAUGAUCUAUUACUAUGCGCAUUCUCGCAUUUUUCUCUCAUCUUAAUUCGUUUGUUUUGUGUCUGUAGAGUCAUGUCAUGUAUGGCAAGUGUCACGUUACAUUUUAGGCUUUCUCCUACGGAUUACAAUUAGGUCUUUGCGUGCCGUUCUUUUGGCCGUUGUCUCAUGAAUCAUUAUUGACUGAGCAAAUGCCCAGGUGCAACCAAAGUA